AUGGCGGCUUCAGCUAGAAACGGCCAGCCGGUACGAUCCGCGAGCGCUGCAUUUGCAAACACGCCGGGCAACAAUGCAUCUAUAUUGCUGGAGAAAUCACGUCCUGGUGUCCGUCGUUCUACCCCCGACUCUGAUGCCCUUGCUUCUUCAGACGACGAAGUAGACCAUCACCAUCACACUCAAACCCAGCCUACACCUUUAGCAAACCAACGUCGCCGAACAUCUUGGCUUAACGAAGUGCCCAGCACCCUUAUGAGGAAAGCCUCACUCCCCGCCACUAGCUCAUUUUCUCCUGUCAACUCCAAUCCCACCACACCCGCUGCAGAUCAAACAUCGUGGGGUACUGCUACAAGCCCUGGAGUGGCAACAUCUGUUAACUGGGGAAACGCAUCUGGCAGUGGUUCUUUUCCAUGGGGUACAGGAAUCUGGAAUGCUGAAAAUCGAAAGGAGCCACCUUCUCGCAUGGUAGAGGUGCUCCAGUCGCCUACGAGUUCAAAUCCUCCCAACAUGAUUAGCACAUCAGGUGAAGAUCAAGGAAAUGCAGCUGCACACCAAGGAUCUGGCGAUCCCCCGAUCCCAUUUGCCAUUCCACUUCACCCAACCCCCAAAACGUACCGCUCUCAGUCAUACUCCGUCGGGCAGCUGGACCCAGAAUCCAGCAGCAUGCCCCCUCCCCCUACUGCAACUUCAAACAAACCAGCUCCGCCUGUCAGCCGCAACAGACCUGCUGCGCCAUACUCUUCCGUUCAGCGUCGUUCAUCUCGCCCCAGCUUGCUGGAAUUGGGGCAUGACCCCGCGACUCUGGGACGAGUGCGCGAAGAUGAUGACGACAUCAGCCCCAACGGUAUGGAACCCAAUAACAAUAACUGGGCAUCUAACCAAGCACGUACAAUCGAACAACUCACCAUGGAGAACGCAAUGUUGCGACAAGCUGCAUCUAGCCAAGCUGAAGGGCCAAGAUUCCGUGACCGUACCCUCUCGUCAACUUCUGCUAACAGCGGUUAUUCUAUGGCUCAGACUCACAAGCUUCACCCGAUUCAGGGUAGCGUGCCUGAGGAGUCUGACCUAGCUGUAGACGACUUAGAAGAUGUUGGCGGUUUCGCAGGCUACAACAACUCCCGCAGCAAUGCACGAAGACGCUUUAGCGAGCACUCGACCAACUUAGAGAAGCAGUUUCCUACUUUUGCGUCCUUGGAGAACCGUACCUUGGAGAACAUCAAGAGGGCUCAGUGGCAGAGUUCACUGGGCUUUGGCAGUAUCUCCGACAUACCCCAGAGUCGUCGCCAUUCCUUUGCUGAUACCUUGACGAGACACCCCUCCUCUUCUUUCCCUUCGUCUAGUGAAACCCGUGCAUCGGCUGGAUCGACAUCUUCGCUACUUACCCGUGAUGAAGGAAAUUUUGCAGACAAUGGAUUAAAUGCCUCGUCCGCUGAUAUUGCGUCAUACGCACCCGGACAAGAAGGCAUUCCAUCCUCUGGGAUUUCAACCUCGCUUCAUCAGGCAUAUGUCAUGCCAAAUGCCUUUGGCCGUCAACACGCAGCCCUCGGCCAGCCACAUCAAAACCAGCAGCUCUUCAUUGUCACAUUCAAAUGUUACCGAGCAGAUGUAUUCUAUAUCCAAGAGGGUACUGGCCUAGAGGUCAAAGCUGGCGAGCUCGUCAUUGUUGAAGCUGACCGUGGUACCGACCUGGGCACUGUAGCCCACGCUAAUAUCAGCUGGGCAAAGGCCAAAGAACUCAAGGAUCAUUAUGCCGAGGAGCAUUACAAAUGGUUGAUGUUAUUCUCACGCCAGAACCAAGCAGGCGGUACCGCAAUUAACCCGAAUGGACCUCCAUCUUUGGGUGGCGCGCCAGGUAGCGCCGUCGGUGGCAUGGGCCCUCAAUCCCAACACACAGCCCAGGAACCCCAGAGCGCGGAAAUAAAACCUAAGUUAAUCAAACGACUUGCUCAAAACCAUGAAAUCCAGACUCUUCGUGAUAAGGAAGGGAACGAAGCUAAAGCGAAACGUGUGUGCCAGCAGAAAGUUGCAGAACACCGUCUUAACAUGGAAAUUUUGGAUGCUGAAUUCCAAAUGGACUGGAAGAAGCUCACGUUCUACUAUUUUGCUGACUCUUACAUCAACUUUAAUUCUUUGGUGACGGACUUGUUCAAGAUAUACAAGACCCGCAUCUGGAUGUCCGCCAUCAACCCUGCUUCCUUCGUCACUCCAUCCACUGGAUUGCCCGCUCCAGCUCCCGGUGCCGGGCUGAUGGGAUACGGACAGGAUGCCCACGCAGACCGUCGUCGACAGCCCGACUUUGGCCAGUAUGGCGCCAGCAUUAACCAUGGCCUCUCCCCAGCUCUAUACCCUGAUUCAUCUAACCGUGAUGCUGGGCAGGCCGGAAUGCGUCCUCCUUAUCUAGAUCCAUAUCAAACUUUUGGGGUUGCUAGGCAGCCUGAUACUGGGUUUGGAGCUGGUAUUCAACCCCAAACCGACCCGUUUUCAUCAUACCCACCGACCAACUAUAGUAUGAUGGAUCCCAAUGCUGCUGAAUUUGGUCGACUAAACGCCGGCGGCCACAGAGCCCAUCCAGGUCAGAAUGAAUGGACGAACCAGUUCCACAGUCUCUCCCUCAAUUCCUAA